UCGGACGCGUCCCAGGUGGCGGAUAGGGGGAGCUAAGCAUGGUCUUUUUCGACACAUUGGACAUAAUGGUCGAAAACGACGAUGCUAGCUCGAGAUAAGGCAGACCUGACUAGAUACAUUUUUGACAAAUGGUCUAACAAGCCUGUUAUAUCUAGAUGAGUGCAUGAAUCAGGACAAUCUUUUAUCACAUCAGUGGAUACAUUUUUGACAAAUGGCCUACUGAUAUGUAAAGAGAUGGCAGAGUGCUGAUAUGAUUUAUGGUACAUCUGACAACAGGCGGUCAUAUAUGAUAACAGGACUUCUCCUGUUCCCCAUGCACAAAUCCGCGGACCAAAACUGUCAACCCCACCCCCAUCCCCAUAUUUCCCAAUCCACCUAGUUUAUCCCUCUUCAAUCCAAUCCCAAGAACCCAUUCCCUCAUCCCCCACUUGUAAGGUUAAGGUGGUUGGAAGCAGUGCCGAGAACCUGAAUGGCUAGUUAGUGGUUAAAGAGGACUAGUCGUUAACAGCUCCCCUCCGAUGCCAGGGCACGGAUCGGUUGUAAUGCUUAGCCUAGCCCACGUACGCCGUCCCUGCGUGGGUCGUCCACCCAUUACGCGCCUACUCGUGGGAAUCACAUGAAGAAAACAACAAUUAAACAAACAAAAAACAAACAACCCGUGGAAAGCCAGUUGGGGAAACCUAAACUGGUGGACUGCAAACAGCCUGCUAUCCAACCUUCUGGUGAUAGCACGGCUGAACGCAGCGAGGAAAUCUUGUCCGUAGUGGCAAGCACCUCAUCAGCUGCACAAGCCUUAGCUGGUACGCCAGCAAAUACCCCUGCCUCGGGCACUGCGGACCAAGCAGUGACCCCCGCGACUUCUGGACAGGUUGGAUCGUCGAACUCGAUGUCGGGUCCAACUAAUGCCCCCUCAACCGCCCUCACGGCUAACGAAAACCCCCCUAGUCGCAAAGAUCCAUCUAGGAAGGCUUUUGUUCAAAGGCGUGCCGCCAUGCGUUUAGUCGAGCGACUUGGAGUUAAGUCGGUCGAUACGCUUACCACGGACGAAAAAUCGUCCCUAGAUUGGGCUAAAGCCCUACUGGCUCAGCCGGAGUGUUCUGACCCUCCUACAACCUCAGAUGCAGCGGACCAAGCUACAUCUGCAGGGCCUAAACGGCAGCGAUCGGAGGAAGAACAUGCUCUCCAGGCAGUCCCACAGCCGAAGACUAAACGUCAGAAGCAGUUCGAGACUCGUAUAGUCAACAGACCCUACAGCGAAGUUGCCAAAAACCCGCUGGUUAGGGCCAUUGUUGACAAGAGUGUCAACGACGGAGCUAUCUCCCAGGAUAAAUGGUUGAUAAUCCGUCAAAAAAUGCUGGAGGUGUAUUGGAAAAUUCUCAAAGAGAAUCCCGGUCCAUCUCCGCAGAAUGAUGAUGCUGGCUGGUACCAAGGUCACAUCAAACUGCUGGCGUGCACGAACGAGCGCUCAGCAAACUUGCUUAAGUUGGCGGUUACGUCUAUAGGGGAAGUGUGGCCCGGCGCGAAACUUGACGUGAUCCCGGUUAGUGAGAUACCUCGCAGACCGAGAUCAAUCACGGUUAUUCCGGCGGAACCACACGAACCAGAGGCGAUUCUGGCGUACCUUCAGAGUGGAAACCCUGACCUACCUACCCACAAUUGGAAGGUAGUCAAGGUCUCCGAACCUGAAGGUGCUUACAGAAAGGUGGUCGUGGUCCUUAAUAAGGAAUCGUUGCCGUUACUCCGAGAGAAGCAAGGCAAAGUAUACUACGGAUUUGAUAGUAUCAAGCUGCGCGUCUACCGGGGUGACGACAAACUAGACCCCAAACCGGUAAGCACGGACGGAGGAAAGGUAGACGAUACCACUAACUCUGACGACCAAAUGGACGCCCAAUCAAGUACAGACUUGAUUGGGAAUCUAUUUGAUAGCCAGGGCGAAGUGAUUGACGAAGACGAGCUUCUGAAAACAGACCCAGAAGACGCCGACGUCACAAUCGUCUACGACCCUGACCAAGAUGAAGGUGAUCCAAGUGAACCUUCACCACUCUAAAGCAGCUUCAGCUGCAUUACACCUCCACCUUGGAUAUCAAGGGGAGGAUAUAGCGUUGAUCCAAGAGCCGUGGACCCAUAACGGCAACAUACUUGGAAUCAACGUAAAAGGCUAUAAAAUACUAUACGCAAAAGGCACAGUGAUGAAGAUACAGUAACCGCAGCAUGGGAGACAGAGGAAUCCACAAUGUGGAUCCUCUCCUGCUAUAUGGCGCACGACCAGACAGACCCCCCGCCAAGUAACACGGUCGUCAGGGCAGUAAGUGCAGCAAACGGAAAACGCAUCCCUGUUAUUAUAGGCGCAGAUGCAAACGCACACCAUACACUAUGGGGUAGCACCAACAUCAACACACGAGGUAUCACAAAGGGACCAACAGGACCCAAGUGUGCGUCUUUGCAGCCUGAAUACCUAACCUA